AUGAGUUACUACGGCGGACGCGAGUCGUACCACGAGCACAACUGCACGGUGCUGCCGGAGAAGGACGUGCUGGACGUGGACAUCGCGGGGCGCAGCACGCGCGCGCGUCUGUCGCGCUGGUGGCACGACCAGUUCCUGCUGUCCUACGACUGCACGCGCUCGCGCGGCUUCUACUCCAGCUCCUACUCCAUGAGGCAGGACAGAUUCAAACAAUUUCGUAAAUAUCGACAUCGUAUUCAUCCCAUGAGUAAAUUCAGAGACUUCUGGGAUUGGAUGAUACUACAUGUAUUUAUUCUGAACAAAAUACUUUUAAAAUAUACAGCAUCGAUAUAUUACGACGAAUUGUCGUGUUAUUUUUAUUAUCUUGGAGCAUGUCUAGAGUUUAUCAUCAUAGCAGAUUUGUAUGUAGACAUUAAGACAGGAUACAUAAACAAAGAAACCAGGCGAGUGGUGUUAGAGACGCGGUCGUCCGUGAUGAACCUGUGCUCGAGGAAGCUGUUUCUGCACGUGGCGGCGAGCAUCCCCGUGCACUGGCUGCUGUUCCUGCGCCACGGACACAACGUCACCUGCGGCUUGUGCAAGGCUAACAAGUUUACCUGUGUUCUUAGGCUUACCAGUUUAUUCGGCGUAUGCCGGAUUUUUGAAAUGUCCACUUACUGGUCUCGGAAACAGAAUUCGCUUAUCAAAAAGUAUAUAAAUAGAUUUAUAAGGAUCUUUGCGCUAGCGGCUGUAAGCAUGAUCCAGCUGUGGGAGUUUUCUGAACUUUCGGGUAUUUUGUCGUACAUUAUGAACAAUACAGUUGUGAUAUCCAUACCGUCACUGAUGUUGAUGGUCAAGUAUGUACUUCACUGUUCCAAUUUCGCUGUUAUGACCAAGGAAAUUUCAUUUGUCAUAGGACUCAUAAUGCAUUUACCCUUAGUCAAACUUCAAAAAGAAGUAAUGCUGCAAUGGGAUAGUGGUCUCUCAUUAUUGGCAAUAUUGUUAUCGUGGGUGUUUUACGUUUGGUGUAUAAUUGAGUGUUUUGGACUUGUUAAUGCACUCACUUACUCGAAUGAUCAAAAAAUUAAACUUAAGCAAAAGGCAAUGAACUACAUGGCCAGCAACCAACUGUCUACUUCUAUUUCUGUAAACGACGAGAUUACAGACUACUUCAAAUACAAAUCAGCUGCGGUCAAGGUGACAGAGACCAGGAACCAGCUGUACAAGAGUUUGCCAGACAUACUGAAGGAUGAAAUCAAAGAGAAUUGUUACUUGAACCUCAUGAUGCGGCUGCCCGUGUUCACGCAGUGGCCGGUGCCCGUGCUGCAGCAGCUGGUGGUCACGCUGCAGAAGAGGAUCUACUUGAAGAACGACAUGGUCUCCUUGGCUAUGGUGCAAGGCGAGGGGCUGAUGAUCGUGUACGACGGCAUGCUGGCGGUGUACUCGCGCUACAACCGGGAGCUGGGCCACCUCAUCGACGGCGACUACUUCGGUGCCAUGUCCCUCGUCACCGACAGGGAAGUCUGCACCUCCUCUGUCAUAGCGGUUACCCAUUGCACUAUCUUGCUUUUGCUGAAACGUGUCUUCAGAGAGUAUAUGCGGACGCACAAGGAGCUCUUUGAACGGUUUAAAAUGGAAAUUUUAAAGGAAAGGAAUGAAGCUAACGCAGCUAUCGGCAGUUCUACAACCACGCUCGUGUAGCUGAGCUCGCUGCCGCUGAGCCUCAGCCGUCGUGUCCGCGAUCACAGUCUACAGUACAGAGUGAUUCAGUUGAAUGCUAUUGUUGAGUAACUUGUGUUGUGUAUUAUGAAUUCUAUUUUAUAUAUUAAGUAGUAUGUCGUUGAUUCUAUUAAAAAUUAGGUGAU